AUGAAAGAUUGUAAAAUAACAGUUCUGUUUCAGUUCGAUGAUGACAGAUUAGAAGCAGCACUCAGUCUUCAAGAUGCUGUUCAGUUGGAAUUGGACGAAACAGGACAAUGUAUCUUUGUGAAAUCAGAAGAAGGCUUGUAUUCAUUCAGGUCACCGGGCACAGGUGAACAAGUCUGUGGUUUAUAUAUCAUCGCCGAACCUGACAAGCAAGUAGAAUUUGAAUUCCAAUCAUUCGAUAUAUCUUGCACUAAAGGAGGAUUACUCAGCGUCAUAGAUGGCUGGGAACUCAAUGGACAAUUUUUCCCAAGUCCUGAAGAUCAUCCGAUACCAGCAGAAAAACGAUUUAUUGAAUUUUGCGGAAAAUCCAAACCUAGAAAAUUAUUCAAGACCUCUCAAAACGUAGGGCUGCUAGAGUUUCGAGUGCCUACUAAAGGACAAGGGUACACUGUCUCAGUCAAGUUUCACUCCAACCCGAAAC